AUCAUCAUCAUACUCCUCCUCCUCUUCUUCCUCCUCAGUAUCAUCACGAGAAAACAGUCCAGGAGAAUAAUACGACCAAGAAAAGAAAAGAAACAAUCAUCUUCUUGUUUUUUCUAGGUUACAUUAAAGGUUUAUUUGGUUUGUGGACGAGACCCUUUUCACUGUCAGAGUUGUUAUUUUUGGUGCGUUAUCAGCGCCCCGCGUCCUUUAUGCACAGCGCACUGCUCCAGCCGGUGAAGCGGAGCCAGGCCGCUGGUGGAGACGGAGGUGGAGGCGGAGGAGGCGGAGGACCCGGAGCACGAAGCGCGGAGAUGGAGGCCAAAAUCCAAAAGGCGAUCGACUUCAAGCUUGAGGGUCACCGCUGCUACAAGGAGAAGAAAUUCCGCGAAGCCAUAGGGAAGUAUCACCGCGCACUGCUGCAGCUCAAAGGCGUGCAGGUGGCGGCGGGUGGCGGCGGCGGGGACGUGGAGCUGCUGAACCGAGCCACCGCCGAACAGCUCUCCGAGGAGCAGCGGCGCGCCGUCAGGAGCACCGAGAUCGAGUGUUACGACAGUCUGACAGCAUGUUUGCUUCAGUCAGAGCUGGUGAAUUAUGAGAGAGUGAAGGAGUAUUGUUUGAAAGUCCUUGGUCAUCAGCAGGACCAUUUCAAAGCCAUGUACCGUGCCGGCAUCGCCUUCUACCAUCUGGGAGACUACGAUUGCGCCCUGCGCUACCUCCGCGAUGCCAAGAGCCGUGAACCUACAGACACAAACGUGUUGCGAUACAUCCAGCUGACGGAGAUGAAGAUGAGCAAGAGCAGUCAACAAGUGCGGGAAAGCAACAAAGAGGCUCUGGGUUAAUCUCUGCCCAUUCCUCUGUUUAUGUGGCCAUCCUCUCCACAAAUCUCUCCCUUCUUUUUCUUCUAAACCCCUUGUACUACGGACUACCAGGACCCCUGUACUGUGCCCUUUAGUCAAGACGGACUGCUUUCGGCACAGACGCCCCUCGACUCUUCAGCUCUCCCGCUCUGAAUCCUCUCUGUCCCUUUAAAACCAAACUGCCCCGGUGCUUUCAGUUUCCCAGGUACUGUUCGACAAAACGAUUUGGAAAAAAAAAACGACAAAGCGACAAGAAUCACUGGAAGUCUGUAGGAAAAUUCACACGGACCUGAUAAAGGACCUUCUACGGUAUUGGGGAGGUGAGCGAGCAGUGAAGUGUAGCUAUAGAGAGGUGGAGGUGUAUUACUGUAUGGCCACCAUCUUUAACUAUAAAAGAGCACACAUAUCAAAGCCACAGCGCUGCACAGAAACAAAUUAUAAAUAGGGUCUAGGAUUAAGCAGAUGACCUUUGAACUUAAGUGUACUCCAUCGCACACCUCCUUCUUCCUGGGUGAAGGGAGCAGGAGAGAAAAUGCAAUUCCGUAUCACCGGAUAAUACUGA